GUUUUCAAAGGUCUACAAAUGAAACGUUAACAAUUGGCAUUUAGAUUUAAAUAUUGACUUUAACUUGGAAGAAUGCGUAAUUGUGUUUUAAGAAUCUUGAACAAGAGCUGAUUUUUUAAAGCUGUACCGAGUAAAUUAAUUCCGUAAACAUGCUUUAUUCUCUCUCGUACAAACUUCAACAGACCUCUAAAUUUACGUUCCGGCAACUUAAGUGCAACCAUAUCUGAUACAUGUUUGUUGCCAUAAGUAAUUAAAACGUAGUAUUUAAUUUACCCAGUGGCUAAGUAAAGAUGCGUAACUUUUGCGUUAGCGAAUAAUCUUGACGAAAUAAUAAGAGAUUGUUUCAUUGACUGGAAUAACAUGAGAUGAAUAGAAAUUAGUAUUUCGGCAAUUUGACAAUUCUGUUGGAAGUAAAGUAAUGAACGAUGCAUAAUUUUAUUACAAACGUCAGAAAAGGAGGUGAUUUGUUAAAAUUGUUUGAGUAAAGUAAUCUCGUAAACAAUAUGUGUUCUUUCACGUACACUAAUGUAAAAGGAGCAAAGUCCAACAUCUUCACUUGCAAAAUGUGUGUAUGAGUUAUUUUUAUGAUCCUGUUUACUAGAUUACUGUGUGAUAACUUGAAUUCCCUUACGUACAGACCACGAAAGGGGGAAAGUCCAACACUUUCACGUGGCAGCUGGGUGACUGUCAGUGUCAUGCAGAUUGGCUUUUCACAGUAAUAAUAGUAACUUGAGCGAAUGAAGACCUGUUCCGUUUUGUAACCAAUGCCUUAAGUAAAGGCUCUUGUCGUUUAAGAAGCAAUAUCUUUUAAAACAUGAAGAAUUAAGUUGUCAGAGUGAGAGACUGUAAGUGUUUCAUUGGGUAGAAUCGCACGUGAAAACCUCGUGAAUUAUGAUGAUGCAACCGUAUAUGACAAUAAUAAGAAUCCUGGUAUGUCGUAACUAUUCGGUAUUCGAUGAGCCACAUUUUCUUAAGAAACUUAGAGGAAACCUUAGACUUUUCCUUCUUGGUGAGUUGAUAUUUAUUGUACUUCAUCAGGGAAAGACAGAGGAAAGUGAAUAUUUUGCAUGAAGAUCGACUCAGCUGAGCCUUUCGCGUUUUUUUUAUGUGCUGCAAUACCCAAUUUCCCACAAAAACCCAGUCUAUCUUUAGGAUGAGAAAGGUAGAUUCAUCAUUAUUGAUACUGUUACACUGAAGCAUUCAAAAUAGCUCAUGCACGUUAGACGUGCCUAUGUUUAUUGUUGCUGUUAGUAUUAUUAUUUUUAGUGGUAGUGGUGGCAGUUGCAGUGGCAGUGGUAGAGGCAGUAGCAGUAGCAGUAAUAGUAGCCGUAGCAGUAGCAGUAGUAGUAGCAGCAGCAGUAGCAGUAGAGCAGCUGCAGUUGUAAUGAUACAUAACAGUUAAAAUUCUUUUCAGAACCAAGUGAUUACCCUACAGUCAUGAACUGGACUUCCACAGAAACGCACAAAGAAUACAGAGAUGUAACGUUUAGAUGGGUGGUAUGUAUAUAGUCAAUUUUAUCCAAGUUUCCGUUUUAUCCAUUUAUUCAAGAUUAAUGGGAAUUUUCUUGCCACGAUUACUUGCGUUUCAGAGGAUUAGAGAAAUUUAAGGUAACGCUUAAAUAGGGCAAGCGUCCCAUUCGAGUUGAGACUUUCUUAAAUUAAGAGAGAAGCCAAUAAAAACAGUCCAAAGCAGUUUUUACGGAUACAAAAACUAAUAUGAAAGUACCAUUUUUUUCUUGUGUUGAAGUAAUUAACAGUAAACGGCAAGUAAACGGAAAACUUGGUCAUGUGGUACAAAUUCAAAACUACCAACAUUUCCAAAGUCCAAUUCAACCAGGAAUCAGGCUGGCGAAGAACCAUUUUGUGGAUGUGCUGCCUUCAAAUCAUUAUUUAUUGACUGAUUUUUAUUUAUUCACGUUUGCCCUUUGCCGUAACCGUGACUUUAAACCUCUAUAUCAUCUCCGAGUUACACAGCGAACGAUUGCAGGACAUUCCGAACUGGUAGUUCCUACAAAUGGGUCAUUUCCAAGUUUUAAAAUCUCUCGCUUUCAAACCGAGGCUAAGUACAAAACCUUUGUUGUGAAAACGAGUUUAAUUUGCAUCACAGGUGCCCAGACUCACAGCAGCUUACUGGAAACCAAAUUAUAAGGGUUUGUGUGGGAAUUUAUCGUAAGAUCGAUGAAACGGUUAAAGUGUACAUACCUCAUUAAGAGUUGUGUCUGUGUUGUUUUCAUACUGUUUCCUGCCCUAUAAACGCCAUUUUAGCAAGUUUUUUAAUGUUUUGGUUUCUCACCUACUAAAAAGUCUUCUUCUUAGUAUGUGAGAAACCAAAACAUUAAAACUUGCCAAAAUAGUGUUUAUGGGGCAGCAGAAAUAAAAAUAACAAUAAUAACAAUAACAAUAAUGAUGUAGACCAGGGAGCGAAAGUAAAAUGAAGGACGCUUCUUGACUUCCCUAGGCAACUGAUUGUUGUUCGGAGCCAAUGAAAACCAGAUUUAAAGGGGCUGUGUCACGGCAGUCCAGCUCAUUUUGUUUAAUUUUGCCAAUUACUCGCCCUCAAUCGUUAUGUAACUUAAGUAAGCAAAGAAAUUACAUGUAAAUGACAAAAUCAGAGAUCCGAGACAAACAAAUAUGUCUCCUGAGCAUUAUUUUUGAAGUUGCAAGCAGCAGGGAUCAACAGGCUGAACAGUUUUCAAAAAUCAUAAUUUCAAUCCGUUUCAGUCUUCUUCAGUUUUACCCAUCCGUGGCAUCUGCUGUUUCUGUUAUGUUAUUUUAACUUUCCUUUAAAGUUUUAAGCGGUUAUUUUCAUGUUUCUCUUAAUUUAACAGGCAUUUUGUAAUUUCCUAAUUUGGCUGAAUUUCGUGACACAACUCAUUUAAUACCUUUUUCUGAGAGUAUUAGCAAUAAUAAUAAUCGUAAUCAUAAAAGAGUCUAUUCACAACAAAUAGAGUCACAACAUACGUGUUGCUUUACAAAAUAUGGUUGUAUUAACUUAUUUAAACUUAAAAAUCAAUUACAAUUAGACAAAUAAUAAUAAUGUAUUAAAGAGACAUUUAUUAAUAAAAGAACUUUUCAAACGUUCCGUUUUGACUACAGGUAAAAUUAAAUUAUGCCCUCGAUCUCCUAAAGAUCUCUGUCUACUAGAGGGGCAACAGCUCGAUUAGGGGAUGCGGGGAAUUCUCUGUGAUGGUUUUCCAUAACUUUGCGGUCCCGAUAACGGAUUCCCAAUAACCUCAGUUAUUACGUAUAAGUUAUUUGUACAUCGAACCUAAAAGCACGUUUAAACAAUUUGUCUAUACGAUCAAGAUAUUUGCCUUGAAAGGAAACAGUAAGAACACGACACAGACGCAACUUUUUAUGAGUUAUGAAUACUUUAAUAGCUGCUUAUGUCCAUUUUAACCGUUUUAUCGAUCUUACGAUAAAUUCCACAAAAAAACCUUAUAAUUUGGCCUCCAGUAGGCUGCUGUGAGUCUGGCACCCCUGAGUUUGCAUGAGAGUAAAAAUUCAUCAACCCUCGUUUUCAAAUCAAUGGCUUCGCACUCAGCCUUGCUUUGAAAUGGAGACAUAAGGCUACUCGGAACUGGAUGAAUCAGGAGACAACGGACCUUUGAAUUUGAAACAUAUUACUCAUUCCCAGGUCUUGCUCAUCACUUCUACGCGGGGAGGGUGUAGUUUCUAGGUCUUCCUCUGACGCCCCGCUCAAGUGUUUUCCCGCUUUUUACUUGUACUGGCCGCCAAGAGGGAGAGGAGCAAGUUUGUAAUGAUUUUUGAUAAAAUCUGCAACAUUUUUACAAAUUCACAGCUUCCAGAUAAAGGAACUUGGCAUGGAAUACUCACGCGAUUUAUACUUGAUUAUUCAACCGUGAACAGUACUAGCAGAGAAGAAGAUGUUGAGAGACUUGAGGUCUUCAACAAUGCUUCUAACUAUACAGCCACAGUGAGAGGUCUACGCUUAGAUGAGAAAUACGUUGUUGAAGUAAGGAUGUGCACACGUGUUGGGUGUGGUCCCAAAAGUCAGCCAGUCUACAUCUCCUCUGAAAUACCGUCAUCGGAAGGUAUAUUUAUCUACAUUUAUGAAUACACAUUUACUGUAGUCCUUUAGACCUAAACUCCUCUGAAGUGUACAUGCAGCUUUAGCCGACCGACCCAUAGAAAACGAAAUGAAUCCAGCAAUUUAAGAGUUGUAGUUGGGCAAAGGCGCUCUCUCCUCAGUGGAGGCCUCUUUUGUGUCCUAGGGAGGCUGGGGAGAAGGAAAACAAAAAAGCGCGCGGGGCACGAUGGGAAGGGGAAGAAAUUAAGGGAGGUCGCCUUUUCCCCCUUCCCUUCGUCCUCCGCGCGCUUUUUAUUUUUUGAUUAUUGCUGUUUUUAUUGGGACACCCAGCGGGAGCACCUGCGGAGGAGAUAGGCAAAGACGUCUUACUAAAUUCUCUGGAAAAGGCAAAAAUUGCGUGUCAGCGAUCUGCUGUCCUCUUUUUGUGUUAUUUUCAUACCUGAAAAACAGUUAAGGCCUUAAAAAUUGCUUUAAGUUGUAGAAAUACUUCAAUUCAUUCCGGUUUUUCUCAACAGAUACUACAAUUCAAGCGUCUCGUAAGACAGGAGACUCCAGUUUUUCGCUUAUCAUUGGGUUAGUCUUGGGCGUUGUCGUACCUGUGGUGUUUUCUGUUGUGGUGGCCAUUCUUUGGACAAAGAGGUACAUUAUGCUUUCCGUCUGUUUGGUAUUAACGAAGUGCGAGAUGAUCAAACACACCAAAAAAAACAACAACAACAACAAUUGAGCUUAAGAUCUUACGAAGGUUCUUAUUUGGAGAAUGAGUAAAACACGAAAAUUUAAUAGAAUUAGUCUUCGUCUAGCCUGAGAAAGCAGCCGAAAUUUCGCGACGCCACCAAAGGUGUCGCUGUGAAAUGAUGUCCGAGGAAGGAACUAAGAAAUUUCUUACUGAUGAGGUGUCAAUACCUAGUUCUGGUUGGUGCUUCUUCUUGGUUUCGUUUCCCGCUAAGGAAAUUUGCUUCAACCAAUCAGAAGCACCACCCAGAUUUGGGUAGGGAGUCGGAAAUCAUGAUAAGUCUCUAUCAACACCUGCCGGCUGCCACUCAUGCCGACUUUUUCCGUUCUUGUUUUAUUAAUUAUGACGAUGAUUAUAUGAUGAUGAUGAGUUUUAUGGUGCAUUCUUCAUGGCAGGUAUGUCAAUGCCGAAAAUUUCAGUCCCAUCAUCAGGUCGCAAGAAGCUGCCUCAGACUUAUUUUUUUAAAAGAGUAGUUAAUUAACUAAUUAAUUAAUUUAUAAUAAUAAUAAUUAUCAUUACUAUUGAAUUUUUUAGCUCGGUGGGUUUGAAUAUUAUGUCUUAGUAGCAUUUUUUUGCUGACACUCAGUAAAUAUUUUGGUGUCAGGAAACACAGAUCGCGUGUCAAAGGAAAGCCAAAGCUGUCAGAAGUUGUAGGAGACCUAGCCGUAAGUAGUAGAAAAAUCGAACUACAUUCUGUUGGAAACUGGGAAAGUAGCCAUCGUUCCUUUGUGGCAGAAUGGAAGAUGCUUAAGUGUUUCGAGAAAAGAUAUUUGUCUCAUUUGCAUGCGACAGGUUCCUCCUCAUGAGCCCCUUUCACUCUAUUUUGAAGUAGCCCGUUUCAGGCUCCAAGAUUGUGGGGAAAGUGAAUCGAAAGUAGAUGCGCGAAAACCGCUCAGGGUCUGGGGAGAGACAGAGUAGUGGAGCCUGUAAGUAUUGUUUUCAAUGCCUCAUUCCGCUAUGCCAGCUCGUGGUAUACCCUAUGAUUGGUCAAUUGUGACAGUUUACUUUAACACUUGCGCGCGAAUAGUCUAAUAAACAGGGCCGGGCUGUUCGAAGCUGGGUUAAGAUAACCCAGGGUUAGUGCAAAUUUUGAACUCAGAUAUGAGAGCUUAAAAAGCCAAUUCAGUUAAAUUCUCUUUGCCUACAAUUUGAUGAUUGGAUAUGCUAAAAAAAAUAGAGAAAAUUAUCCGAGAGAGUGCUUUUGAUAAAAAGACAAAGAAACCCGGGUUAAAAUUUAACCCCGGGUUAGCGCUAACCCGCGUUCGAACAACUGGGCCGCCCAGGUCGAGCAAGUAAAACCCUUGCCUCCAACGCAGACGUUCUUUAAGGGUUCGUCACGCGUACCUGCCUCACGUUGAGAGGAUUGCGUGACAAACCAAAAGUAACGUCUGCGUGGGAGGCUAGUGGAACCCUCCUACACCGACACCGUCUGACGUUUUGACACGAGAAACGGCUUUUCAGGAAGUGGGCGGAUUGAGGCGUUUAAAACGAUGCUUAUAGGCUCUCCCCUUCUCUCUUCCGGCCGUUUUUCGUUCGUUCGCUAUUUUCGCCCGUCUGCACUGACCGAGAGCCUGGCACAGGCUUAUUGUGAAGAAGUUAUUAUUUUUAUCGACUGCUAAAUAUGCACCGUCAAGCUUCUUUCGCGAGCAUGUUGAUCAGAGUGCAGAUUUGACUGUUCUUGCUUGUUAUCGCUUUUAUAAGUUAUAUUUUAUUACUAAAGUGAUUUUUCUCUUUUAUUUUGUAUUCCACACAGCCUCCUCAUUGGUACGACGUUCAGAAAGAGCCUGAUAAGGACGAGGACAGCGGCGUUUAUGAUGAAACGUAUACGCCUUUGCUCAGUGAUAAGGCCUCAGAUUAUGUGCAGAUAACAACUUCUCAGCCUAUGCUGUCAGUACAAAGAACAUCAAAACACAACGUGGAUGACGACAAAGUCGCCGAAUCCACGGAAAUAUGACUCUAAAAUUAUCAGUAGUUUUGAGAUGAAUGUUCCCUGUCCAGGUAGGAUUCACGCUCUAACAACUGGAGAGGCUAAGCACCACGCUCACCUCCUACAGAGCCGUUCUUUUUGUUGUCACGCAAUGCCCCUCUCCACUAGUUUGUGUGAAAGAACGGUGCGUGUCGUCAUAAACAACGGUUGCGUGGGCCGUGGGACUAAUUCCGGAACGACAAUGCCAGCCAGUCGCCGGCAAUUAUCGUGACAGGCUUCAUUUAAACUUCCAGCAUCGCGGUUAACUUUUAUCAUUUCUACGUAGUCACCCGUAGUUUGCUACACUGCCGUUCUUUGCGUCGUCACGCAACGCUCCUCCCCACAAGGCGCGUUGCGUGAUGACGCUAGUAGGUCACCGAAGCCGCAUGAAGGUCUAACCUUUAUUUCUUCUUUUAAGACCAUGAGUCUUGGUUUGCGCCUUGCAAAACCUCUUUUUAGUGGAGGAGAUAUGCUACUUCAUAGACGUUCUCUUGUUUUCGUUGCACCAGCUCUGACAACUCAGUUUUUCGGACUUUUUAGGCAAGUAAGUACUUAGUGGUCAGCUUUGAAAACGGGGCCCGUUUAAAGAGAGUGAAAAGAAUAAUUUUCUGAAAGAAUGGCAUUUUUCACUUGUUUUCUUGAAUCUAAUUGUAAUGUUUUUAUUGAAAAACAUAAAAAUGUGUAACAACUUGGCAAGAAAAGGAUGGAAUAAAUAAUUUAACCGUUGCCAGUUCAUUAUUUUAAUAACUAAGUGAUAUUUGCCAUGGCUUGUUUUUCGAUUUUAUAGCGAAUAGUGCUAUCUGCAGCCGUAGGAACUUACAGAAUUUAGAGAGAAAUCAGUAAGACACCGUGAAUGAAUUGCUGACAUUUUUCAACUGUACUGAGUAUUUCAUUCGCGGAUAUCCAAGUCAGGAUGUUUUUCAAGACAUGUGGUUUUCGCCCUUCCGUAGUUGCCUAGUUUUAUGGUACAGCUAAAUGUAAAUAAUGCUACGGGACCGAUGAAUUAUGCUUUGUUGACACAGUUUUCUUCAAAGAAGCGAAAGAACGCUAAUUAAGGAUUAAACAUU